AUGACCAUGGAGAAAGCGGACAUGGUCAUUGUCGGCGCCGGCUUCGCCGGACUGGCCAUGGCACGCACAUACCUGAAGCUCAACCCAGACGUCAACCUGCUGAUCCUGGACGCGGGGACAUCGAUCGGCGGGGUGUGGGCGGCAGACCGGCUGUACCCGCACCUCCGCACCAUCAGCCAGCUCGGGCACUUUGAGUACAGCGACUUCCCCAUGACGGGCCGCCGGUACGGCGUGGCCGAAGGGGAGCACAUGAAGGGCGAGGUGAUGCAGCAGUACCUGCAAGACUACGCCGACGCCUUCGACCUCACGCGCCGCACCCGCCUCGACGUCGUCGUGCGCGAAGCCGAGGACAAGGGCGCCGCAGGAUGGCUGCUCACCACCACCGCUACCACCGACGAAUCCACCAACGAACCAACCACCCACCAAAUCCUCGCCUCCAUCCUCGUCGUCGCCACCGGCCUGACCUCGACCCCGUCCAUGCCCUCCUUCCCGGGCCAAUCCCACUUCGGCUCCCCCGUCCUCCACAGCCGCGACUUCGGCCGGCACGCAUCCUCCAUCCUCAACCCCUCCCCUUCCCCCAGCCGCCCCCGCACCAUCGCCGUCCUCUCCGGCAACAAAUCCGCCUGCGACGUCGUCUACGCCGCGUGCAGCUCCUCCCCCUCCUCCUCCCCGUCCUCCCCACCACCAACGACGAUCCACUGGCUCCUCCGCGCAACCGGCCACGGCCCCUGCUGGAUGGCGCCGCCGCGCACCGCCCCACCGGCCGACGCCCUCGUCGAAGAGCUCAUCACCACGCGCUUCAACACCUGGCUGGCUUCCCCCUGCAUCUGGGGCGCGGCCGACGGGUUCGGCGCGGUGCGGCGCGUCGUCAACCGGACGGCGUGGGGGAGGGGAGUGGUGCGGCGGGGGGCGAGAGGGGCGGAGGAAGGGUUGGUGAGGAGGAAUUAUGGAGGGGGUGGUGAUGGGGAUGAUGUUGGGGGGAAGGAGGUGGCCAAGUUGCGGCCGUGGGGGGAGAUGUGGUGGAUUGGGACGGGGAGGGGACUGUUGAAUUAUGGGAGGCCGUGUCUUUUGGAUUACGUGCGGGCGGGGAGGGUGAGGGUGCACGUGGCGGAUGUGGAGGGGCUGGGGCCGGGGGGCGUGGUGAGGCUGUCGGAUGGGGAGGAGCUGGCGGGGGUGGAUGCGCUGGUGUGCUGCACGGGGUGGGAGGUGGAGCCGAGCGUGCGGUUCGUCCGCAGGCGUAGGAGUAAGAGUAGUGGUAGUAGUAGUGGUAGCGACGGCGGUGAUGAUGUUGUCGUCGACGACAUGGCGGCCGAGCUGGGCCUGCCGCACGCCUACGACCCGGCCGUCGACGACGACCCCCGCCGAGCGGCCCUCGUCGCCCGCGCGGACGAGGAGAUCCUGACGAGCCUGCCGCUGCUGCGCGACCAGCCCGCGCCGGCGACGUGCCCGCCCCGCCACCUCGCGCGCCAGAGCGACGCCGUCAAGGCCGCCGUCGCCAGGAGAAAGGCAGAGGAGCCGCACGCGCUCGACACGCCCCGCGCCCGCGCGUCGGCCUACACCCUCUACCGCUUCAUGGUGCCGCCGUCGCGCGGCCGUUGCGGCGCCCCCCGCCGCACCAUCGCCUUCAUCGGCCAGGCCCGCACCGCCUCCACCGCGCUCAUAUCGCAAGCACAGGCCCUCUGGCUCUCCGCCUACUUCAUGGGCCGGCUGCCGCACCUCAGUAACAGCAACGACGACGAUCACGACGAACACGACGACAUCGAAUACGACGCCGUCCUCCACGCCCGCCAAACCCGCUUCCGCUACCCCCUCGGUUUCGGCCCCCGGAUUCCCGACUUCACGUCCGACGCGCUCCCCUACAUGGACCUGCUCCUGCACGAGCUGGGGCUGCGGCGGUGGCGGAAGCGAUGGACGUUUUCAUUCUCGUCGUCGUCGUUGUUUUCGUUUUCGUUUUCCGUGCCAAAUUUGUGGAGGGAGGUGUUUGAGUGGUACGGCCCCGUGGACUACCGGGGGUUGGUGGAGGAGUGGGCGGGGAAGGAAGGGGUUCCGGUUCUCGAGGACGGCGGCGUCGUCGAUGGCGGCGGGGUUGCGGGAGGGGCGAGGGGAGGGAGGAGAAAGGGGGAGACGGCGGUGCUGCCGCCGUCGAUGAUGACGGGCGGCUUCUUCCUUGUCACGGCGGUGCUCGGGGCGGUUGCGGCGGCGGCGGGGGUGUGGGUUGGAGUAGGGAGGCGGGAGUCGUAG